AUGACGACUGUGAAGGUCUACAGAGGAAUAUUCGUGGCAAAUGCCUUCAGUUUCUUCUACUCGGCCGGCCAGUCCUGCUUAAUCCCAUUCCUAUCCUACUACUUCCUCUACCUGGGACUCACUCCGCUACAGACAGGACUUUUAUUGGGAGUGAAGGCAAUCACAUCCGGGCUAUCCAACGUCUUUUGGAAUCUUUGUGUAGCAACGACUGCCAAGAGAUCUAAAUGCAUAUUGAUAUUUUCACUGACGGUGCUCAUGUUCUCCCACCUGAUAAUGGUACUACUGCCAUCUUUGGACAAAGAGAAAUCAGAAAAAUUCUGUAUCUCCUACAAUAAUUUCAAUAAAACUGAUUGGGGAAUUAGCGAGAAUAACGCAUCGAAGAAAAACGUUAGUGACGAUGGCGGCUUGGAAGGGUUUAACUACACGUCGUUAUAUGUAAAUGGUUCGAUAAAUGGGUCAGUUAAUGGGUCAACAUUGAUUAGCAAUGUUAAUGUUGGUACUACCAAUACUAGAAAUUUUAGUAUUGAUACUACUACUACCAGCGUGUUUGUGGUGCAACAACGUACAGAUAAAAAUGUGAGAGAUGAUGGUGGUGGUCAUAGUAAACAUAGCAGUAGUAGUAGCAGCAGUAGCAACAACAGCAGCAGCAGCAGCAGCAGCAGUAGUAGUAGUAGCAGUAGUAGUAGUGGUAAUGAAAAUAAUGAUAACAAUAUUAAUGAGGCAGGAAAUUCACAACAGUUCAAUCAAAAAAGAUCGGUCAAUUGGCGUGAAUCUAAUAAUGAAAAUAGCGGAAACAACAACAACAACAGCAACAACAACAACAGCAGCAGCAGCAGCAACAGCAGCAACAACAACAACAACAACAAAAGCAAAAUGGAUGGUUAUAAUAACGAUGGUGCGGAAAUAGAUGAGGGAGUUAACGACUUCUACGCCGAUAAUAGGAUUAAUAAUUUUAAAAACCCUGAUGGAAAAACUCCUCUCAAAUCGUCUGUCUUUAUUGGCGGGAAAAAAUCAAUACCCCCACCAUCAUUAUCAUCACCAUCGUCGUUGUCAUCAUCAUCAUUAUCGUCAUCGUCAUCAUCCAUAUCAUCGGCUUCACCAACAUCACCACCAAACGAAACUUCUACGUCGUCAUCAUCUAUUUCCUCUUCCUCUUUCUCUUCCUCAUCAUCAAUAAAUACGUCAUUCUCAUCCACCUUGCUGUCAUUCUCAUCCACCUCGCUAUCAAUUUCAUCAACGACAUUGUCAACACUUUCGUCGUCGUCUUCUUCAUCGCUUCCAACUGAUAAACUAGAAUAUAUAAGAGACCAAAUAUUUGGCGCCAUGUUAAUAUUAAUUAUCGUCUGCGAACUGUUCUCAUCACCAGUCAAAACCUUAUCUAGCGAGUUGUACGUUGAUUUUUUGCAAUCCUCUAAUCAGGUAUUGACUAGAAGAAAAACUACAAGUUGCUGGUCAGCCCUGGCGGCGGUAUCCUUUCCCUGGUUUGUUGUGCUCCUGAUCGACCACCUGCCAUGCCACGUCCCUCCACUCAACCUUAGUAGGAUCCUUUUCCAUUUUUGGACUUUCUUCCUUAUCCACAUCCUAUCCUUGCUUCUCUGUGUAUUUUAUCCCAUUCCCGUGCCGGAUGCUAUCCAGGAGGAUGGGGAAAAGUCGACCGGAAGUAGACAUCGAAGGCGUCGUCGUAGUCACGUGAUUAAUAAGUGGGAGAGUGUGUGCAAGGGCUUGAAGCUGAUUGGUUUAGAGGGGAGAAGUGUGCUGUCAGCCGUGACAGUUCUGAUUGUUGGUUUUUGUGGUGGUGUUUUGGUUCUUUUCGUCCCCUGGUUCAUGCAUGAGUUCAUUAAAGACGGGUCUGAAUUAUUUAUUGGCGCCACAAUCGGAUUGGCCGCAGCCGGUGACCUGGUUUGCACGUUCUUCGGUGAUUGGCUAUCAAGAAAAUCGGGUCACAUCAUCUGCAUUUUAAUUGGUUUGUUAUUAACCGGAGCUCGUCUUGCGUUUUACGGAUUCUUCAACCAACCACUGCUUGCACUAGCGGUCGAAAGCAGCAAUGUGGUCGGUGGGGCGUUAGUUGUAGCGGCGGCACACGACCAGCCGAUAUUCUUGCAUCAAAGAAAGUUGAAAAAUAAAAAUUCGCAUUCAGCUCUCGCUAGCACGAUGAGCAUAGAAUCGGCUCUGAAGAUGAUGAGAAGAAUCGGUUUCGGUGUCGGUUGCAUCGUAUCCGGGUUGAUAUAUCAGCGGUAUGGCCGAAAGAUGGCGUUCUGGUCGAGCGGGAUGGUGGCGGCCAGCUGGUUCCUGAUGUUCGCCCUCAUGUACCCCUGCUGCAAACGCAAGUGCCCAAGUCCGGGGCGCAAGAAAAGGAGGGAGAAUGGAGAGUCUCUGUUAAUUAGGCGCUACAAACAGCUAAAGCAAGGAGAGGAGGAUGACGAUGACGACCUCGAUGAGGAAGAGAAUGAUGACGAGAGAGCGGAAGGAACGGAUGAUGACGACGACGUCGAAGAGGAGGAGGCUGAAGAUGGCGCAGGAUGGCUGGGGGCGGCCCUCAAGAAGCAGAAGAGAUGA